AUAUAUUUAAAACUUUAUUUGUGAUCAUCGUACGGUUCUCUUAGCCGCUCUCCCAAACUCUCUCGAUAUCGAUUUUCAUUUGCCGGCUACUUUGAAUUCAGAUUGAGCACGAAGAUAUUAGCCCUCUCUCAAUUGUGUUUGCCUCUCUGUGUGCGUUUGCACUUGAUUUCUGAAUACAAUGCAGUAUUUCGCCAGACUGCGAGCGAUACGGACCGGCUACGGAAUCCAAAGCGAAUUGCCGGACCCGGAUAUCGUUACAAAAGGCGCGUAAUAUUUGGUGAAUGGUGGUGACCCUUUGAAGCCACUUGCGUACACCUGCCAAGUGCUCAGCCAGUGCGUCUCCGGUAAUUAUUCGGUCUGCCGAGCGUGUGCCGUCAUUCAGAGGCCCUAGGUGCAUCAUUAAAACUCGCAGUGAUUAGAUAAUGGGGGGCAGUCUUAUCUGGACAUUUGGGCGACGUAGUUCAACAGCCUGCAGAGGUUCCCACGUCCCAUGCAAUAAUAGAACCCAAUCCCAGCCCUGACCUUUGCUAAAGUACGUGAUAUGGAAUACUCAUAUCAAGCGGUCUACCCCUGGCCAUUUCCCACACGGUUCAUCCAUAAUGCAUGAUUCUAGGCUGGCACGCAUCAGUCAUGCAUCUUCUCCGUUUGUCAACUACGGCACUUGGAAGACAUAUUCCCAUUACAACACUCUACGCUUUCCAAGAUGCAGCAUUCUAUCUCAAUUGACAAUGAUUGGAUUGCGUGCAUGCAUAUAAAUUGCAGUAACUACUUGGCCACUUUUUACAUUGACUGGUGGUGCUCCGUUUAAAUUAACAAGAUCAAACAGUCAAUCCAUCUAUCAUAAUGUUUAACAUAAAAAAGAUAUGACAACUUAACAAUUAAUAACUUCCGUAUGGAUUCUGUAUCUCAUUUGGGUAAAAGUAUAAAGAAAACUUGAAAACAUCUUUAAAUUUCAAAAAUUCAGAAAAUGUUUUACAGCUUUUAAGGUUUUUAAAUUAGUUUUUAGCACGAUUACUUUAAAUGUAAUUUCAAACAUUUGAAAUGGAUUUUUGAUUGACACAAACUGUUGACUGUUUUUAAAAGACUUUUUAAAUUUUUUAAGUUUGCAUAGAUACCGACCUCUGGACUUUUUAAAAAGUUUGUUGCACAGGCAUUUCUAUUUCUGAUCUGAUACACACCUUCUAUAUACGUAUACAUCCUCGAAAACACGUGAUAAACAUUUAAAUGCCUAAUAAUUACCUAUGGUAAUCGCAGGGGAAGUGCACUAAAACUAGAAAUCCGCGGGAUUCACUUUAGAAUGUCAGCUCCAGCGGCAGGUGCGGCGUCUGCCGUCCUGGACUUUGACGACAUUCUGGUCGAGAUCGGAGAAUUCGGACGCUUUCAGCGGCGGAACUAUCUGCUCAUAUGCCUGCCCGUUCUUUUUGCGGCCGCCAACAGCCUGUCGUAUGUUUUCACGGCAGGAUCGCCGACCUAUCGAUGCUACGUGCCCGAGUGCGAUAAGCUGGAUGAUGCGGAAUAUGGAGCCGAUUGGGUGUCGAUUGCCGUGCCCGGCAGCUGGAGCAAACGGGGCCACUUUACGCCGUCCACCUGCGAAAGGUUCGUGGCGAACGAUGGCCACUUUGAGUCCUCAUCGGAUCCUUGGAGUGCGUGGCCCUUGGAUCAGUGCUUUGCUGAGAAUUUUACGACGGAAACGGAGCGGUGCCAUCAGUUUGUGUACGGCAGUUCGGAACGGACCAUUGUGCAGCAGUGGGGACUGCAAUGCCCGGAGAAUCUCUGGAAGAUGGCCUUCGUGGGCACUGUGCACUUUGCUGGUCUGGUUGUGGGAACAGCUCUAUCCGGCUACCUGGCCGAUCGAUAUGGACGCAAGCACAUUUUCCUGUUCUGCAUCGUGUUCAUGGCGCUGACGGGAGUGGCGCAGGCGCUGUCCUGGGACUACAUAAGUUUCCUGUUCUUUGCCUUGCUGAAUGCAGUGGGCACUUCCGGUGUCUACCCGCUGGCCUUCAUCAUUGGGGUGGAAAUGGUAGGGCCGCGGAAACGCGAAAUGUCCUCCAUUGUGCUCAACUACUUCUAUGCCGUGGGCGAGGCGCUCCUGGGCCUGUCCGUUUUCCUGCCCGACUGGCGGCAAUUGCAGCUGGCGCUCUCUGUGCCGCCGCUCAUCUGCGUGGCCUACUUUUGGCUGGUACCGGAGUCCGUCCGGUGGCUCCUUGCUCGUAACCGGCGGGAGCAAGCGGGAGUCAUCAUCCGGCGGGCGGCGAAGGUUAAUAGGCGAGACAUCUCCGUCGAGCUGAUGGCCAGCUUCAAGCAACAGGAGCUUGAUGCAGAAACGAGCCAAGAGGAUGAUGUCGAGGGUGGCCUGCACGUGCAGAAGGAUGACAAGAUCUGGCUGGCCAUCAAGGAGGUGGCGGGCUCUCCCGCUUUAAUGGGCAGAUACGCCAUCUUGCUCCUCAUUUGGGCCGUCAAUGCCAUCGUCUAUUAUGGACUCUCGCUCAACGCCACCAGUUUGAGUGGCAACAAGUACCUAAACUUCGCCCUGGUUUGCCUCGUAGAGAUACCCGGCUACAGCCUCGCCUGGCUGUUCCUGCGGAGAUUUGGACGACGUGUGGCACUUUCCGGCUCCUUGCUGCUCUGCUCUAUCACAUGUGUGGCCAGCGGAUUCGUUACACUAGCGCAAGGAGAUUGGAUUCCCUGCCAGAAUGGAGCCGAGAGUAGGCACUCGUGGAGUUGUGCCAACUGGCUGGUUGUGACGCUCUUUCUGGUCGGAAAACUCGGCAUCACAUCCUCCUUUGCAGUCAUCUACACGUUCACUGCGGAAAUGAUGCCCACGGUCAUUAGGAGCGGCGGCGUUGGUGUGAUGUCCACAUUUGCCCGCUUCGGUGCGAUGCUGGCUCCAUUUGUGCCUCUAUUGGCUUCGUACUAUGAGCCACUACCUCUGCUUCUCUUCGGGACGUUAUCGCUCGUGGCUGGACUCCUCUCGCUGUUACUGCCGGAAACCUUCAACCGAAAACUACCGGAUACGGUGGAAGAGGCGAUUGCAUUGGGGAAAUGAUUCAUGAUUGAAUGAUUCUUAUUUGGAUGGACAUAUUUGUCACUGAUCAGCAACAUAUAUAUUUUCAUAAAGGGACAUUGCUGGACUAAAAAAAUACUCCUAAUAAAGUAUUGUAUACAAAA